ACAAACGGGCGCUAAGGGUGGAACACUAUAGGAAACAGUGAUGGCCUACUGAAUUUGGGAGCAGGCCAGCGGUGGCUCUCUCAUCACAUCACAAGACCAAAUACUAGUAGAAAAAGUUGCACACAUUUUCUCUGUCUCCCGCCCGUUGAAGAUGGUUUGAAGUUGUGCAACACUUGCCAUGCCCACCGAUUUAAAACCCUAGACAACUAUCUAUACUUAACUCACCCCCACUCCACCACAUUCCAUCGUCUCUGUCGCCCUGCCCCAGUUUUCUUCUUCUUCUUCUUCUUCAGCUUCAGAUCCAGAUCUCGAUCUCACCAGCGUUCCUCUCAAUCAAUAUCCCCCACUCAAUUGGCAUCCCUGAUUUUGAUCAUGAACUCAAUCGACUAUUUAUAUCUGAACCAACGAUCACAGUGCAUGGAUCUAAUCUAAUACAAGACGAACCUCACAAUAUUAGCAAGGAUUAUGUUUGAACCUCAAAAUGAUAGCAACAGGCAACUUGUGAUGGACUCUGAUCAAAGCAUGAUCAACCAGGAAUUUGAAUAUACCAGCAAAUUACCUGUUAUCCGACAUGUUCGAAAGGUUAUAUCUCAAGGAUCUCCUGUGCAGAGAAGAGUUAGCCCACGACUAAAGUACAUACCUGAAAGUAAAAGACCUUAUUAUCGCCCUUCUCGAAGGGAUUUGUCAGAAUGUUCAAGUGAACAAAAAAAUCAGGAAAAUGUCAAUGCUAACCACUCUACAAAUGAUACUUCACCAAAUGUGAGUAGAGAAAAGGAUGUAGACAAAGAUUGCGAAAGAGUGGUUGAUCGUUCAGAAACAAAAGGCUUGCCAAAUUGCACCUUUCAAAAGGUCAGGGACCAAGGUUCUGGGAGUGAUGCCGCAGUUUUUAAUGGAGUUGCGUGUUUUGCUGCUGGUGACAAUGGGAAUAUUGAUUCAAAAGUAGGGAAUUCAAAAUGGUUGGAUGGUUGCAAUUCUUCACUCAAUGCUGAUGAUAAAAGUGCCCGGGCGCAGAGAAGAUUUAGCCCACGACUAAAGAAAAUACCUGAAAGUAAAAGACCUUAUUAUGGCACUUCUCGAAGGGAUUCAUCAAAAUGUUCAAAUGACCAAAACAAUCAGGAAAAUGUCAAUGCUAACUACAAUACACAAGAAAGUUCAUCAAAUGUGAGUAGAGAAAAGGAUACAGGCAAAAAACGUAAAAGUGAGGUUGAUCAUUCGGAAACAAUAGGCUCGCCAACUUACAGUUUUGAAAAGGUCAGGGACCAAGGCUCUGGGAGUGAUGCUGCAAUUUUUGAUGGAGUUAGAUGUUCUGUUGCUGGUAACAAUGGGAAUAUUGGUUCAAAAGUUGGGAAUUCAAAAUGGUUGGAUGUUUGUAAUUCUUCACUUGAUGGUUCUAGUGUCAAUACGCAGAGAAGAUUUAGCCCACGACUAAAGAGCAUACCUGAAAAUAAAAGACCUUAUUAUGGACCUUUUGAAAAGGUCAGCGGCCAAGGUUCUGGGACUGAUGCUGCAAUGUUUAAUGGAGUUACAUGUUUUGUUGCUGGUAACAAUGAGAAUAUUGAUUCAAAAGUAGGGAAUUCAAAAUGUUUUCAUGUUUAUAAUCCUUCACCCAAUGCCGAUCGUGAAAGUGCCUACGCUCAACGAAGAUUUAGCCCACGAUUAAAGAACAUACCUGAAAGCAAAAGACCCUAUUAUGGUGCUUCUCAAAGGGAUUCGCCACAAUUUUCAAAUGACAAAAACAAUCAGGAGAAUGUCAAUGCUAACCACUCUACACAAGAUAAUUCACUGACUGUGAGUAGAGAUAGACAUGUAGACAAAGAAUAUAAAAAAAGUGAGGUUGAUUGUUCGGAAACAAAAGGCUUGCCAAAUUGCAUUUUUGAAAAGGUCAGUGACCAAGGUUUUGGGAGUGAUGCAGCAAUUAUUGAUGGAUUUACGUGUUCUACUGCUGGUAACAAUGGGAAUAUUGAUUCAAAAGUAGGGAAUUCAAAACGGUUGGAUAAUUGUAAUUCUUCAUCUAAUGCUGAUGGUAAAAGUGCCUAUGUACAGAGAAGAUUUAGCCCACGACUAAAGACCAUACCUGAAAGUGAAAGACCUUAUUACGGCACUUCUCAAAGGGCUUUGUCACAAUGUUCAAAUGACAAAAACAAUCAGGAAAACGUCAAUGCUAACCACUCUACACAAGAAAGUUCACCAAAUGUGAGUAGAGAUAGGGAUAUAGCCAAAGAAUGUAAAAGUGAGGUUGAUAAUUCGGAAACAAAAGGCUUGCCAAAUUGCGGUUUUGAAAAGGUCUGGGACCGAGUUUCUGGGAGUGAUGAAGCAAUUUUUAAUGGAGUAAUGUGUUCUGCUGCUGGUAGCAAUGGGCAUAUUCAUUCAAAAUUAGAGAAUUCAAAAUGGUCAGAUGAUUAUAAUUCUUCGCCCAAUGCUGAUGGUGGUAAAGGUGCCCAUGCAAGGGUGAAACAUACAUUGAUAAAUGACAAUAGACAUUACCUCCACUUUGUUCAGGAAAAGGAGAAGAGAUGCAAGAAAGGAGAGGUCAAUGAUCGAACAGUUGCUAAAGGUUUAAAACAUAAGGUUGUUCGAUUUUGGCCUACAAAAGGUGCUUUUGGUUUUGUAGCUUACAAGAAUCAUUUAAGGCGGCUUGAACGACGACAGCCCAAGUUGACCAAUCCUCAGGUUUAUUUUACUCAAGCUCGUGGAUUGAAGGCCUCUUCUAAGUUACAUGGGCUGGUGUCUGAGGACAUAUCUGGAGGUCAAGAAGAUGUACCGAUUCCUGCUACCAAUUUAAUUGAUGAUGCACCUGUUGCUCCUACAGGUUUUACAUAUUCCAAAUCUAUUCAAGUUGCAGAAAACAUAAAACUCCCCCCAAAUGCCUGUGGAUGCAAGUGCAAAGGAAAUUGUAUGAAUGCAAAAGCUUGUGCUUGUGCUAGACUUAAUGGUAGUGACUUUCCAUAUGUACUCCGAAAUGGUGGCAGACUGAUUGAGGCAAAGGAUGUUGUGUUUGAAUGUGGACCAAACUGUGGCUGUGGACUUGGUUGCAUUAACCGUAUAUCUCAGCAAGGAAUAAAGUAUCAACUUGAGGUUUUCCGAACACCAGAAAAAGGGUGGGCCGUCAGGUCUAGAGACUUUAUUCCUUCAGGUGCACCAGUGUGUGAAUAUAUUGGAGUGCUCAGGAGAACAGACGAACUGGAUAAUGUUGCUGAGAAUGAUUAUAUAUUUGAAAUUGAUUGUUUGCAUACAAUGAAGGAGAUUGGGGGAAGAGAGAGGCGAUUAGGAGAUGCAUCUGGGCCGAUCAGUAACCACUUGGAGAAAAUAGAUGACAGGGCAUUAGACAGUACACCUGAAUUUUGCAUAGAUGCGGGCUCUGUGGGUAAUGUUGCUAGAUUUAUCAAUCACAGUUGCGAGCCUAACCUCUUUGUUCAGUGUGUUUUAAGCAUGCAUCAUGAUGUCAGACUUGCUCGGGUGGUGUUGUUUGCUGCAGAAAAAAUAGCUCCUUUUCAGGAACUUACAUAUGACUAUGGAUACGCUCUUGAUAGCGUUAUUGGUCCUGAUGGAAAAAUAAAAGAGCUUCUAUGCCGUUGUGGGAUGGCAGAUUGUCGUAAACGUUUAUACUAGUGAAGUUUCAGCUUCUUGGUACCAUUUUUCUAGCUAGCUUUUUGUGGAAAAGACAACCACAUGGAUAGUUUUGCCAUUUCUCAUUUUCUCGAGGCAAAAUAGUUGGUCAAGUAUAUAUGAAAUAUUUGUACUCUCGAGGUGAAAUAGCUCUUUGCUUAUUGUUUUAUUGUAUUUUGGAAGGAGGGCGGGGUUGGUUUGUUAGAUUGAAAAGGUGCUUGUUUAUGUUUCAAAAAAUAUUUAUAGAGUGACAUUUAUCAUUGGUGGAUGUCGCAUUGUUGUAAUGAAUGUUAAUAUACGGUACUUAUUUUGGAUUUCUAUUAUAUAUUGACAAACUAUUGCCUGUUUUUGUGAUA